AUGCUUAUCAUCUCAAUCGAUCCGGGUACAGUCAACCUCGGAUACUAUGUUGGUCGAGUAGGCUAUUGUCGUGGGGGAGAAUGUGACGAGAAUAGAGUAGAACACAUACAAUGGGGCACCAUUGACUUGGCGAAGAGAGUCGAAGGUAAAGCCAAACCAAGCAGCACCGAUAUAUGUAAAGUAAUCCUAGACGAGUUCAUACCAAGCUUGCCCACCGAUGAACACAUCCUAGUCCUAGUGGAGAGCCAAAUGUACAGCCGCAUGCAGUUGGUCGCACACACCUUCUGGACCUACUACUACCCACGAUGUGUGAUGGUGUCGCCACGUGGAGUGAAACACAGACUAGGCCCACUCGAGACUUGUGGAGGUCACGAUCAGAACAAGAAGCAGAUGGUUGAUCUGAUGCUCGAGCGUAGAUACAUUGAUGUCAAAGGUUUCAGUAAGGAUCACAUGUCGAUACUUCACAAUGCUGUUGAUGCAUACGCGAUGGCAUUGGACUAUUGGCUGACAAACAAUUAUCUAAAGACAUACAAUGUGACUUCACUGUCACUUCCUCUACGAACAGAGAUAUAA